AUGGCCUGCCGCUGCUGCAUCGUCAGCUUCGGCAACCUCAACAGCUGUGAGGUGACCCAGGCGAGCAGUCCCUGGCCUGGGACCUCCGGAUGGAGCAAUUACAGGGCCCCCGAGCCGGGCUUCAGCUCCGGCAGCCUCACAGGCUGCCUGACAGCUAGCACCAUCCCCAAGGUGACCGUGAACCCCAGCCUGCUGGUACCUCUGGACCUCAAGGUGGACCCAGCCAUCCAGCAGCAGAAGAGCCAGAAGAAGGAGGAAAUGAAGGUCCUCAAUGAUAAAUUUGCCUCCCUGAUUGGCAAGGUGCAAGCCCUGGAGCAGCGCAACCAGCUGCUGGAGACCCACUGGCACUUCCUGCGGAGCCGGGACUCGGCAGCCUGUGACCUUGGACACCUCUAUGAGGAGUACCAGGACCGACUGCAGGAGGAACUGCGCAAAGUGAACCAGGAGGGGGCCCAGCUCGAGGCCAAACUGCUGCAGGAGCUUGCGAUGGUGCAGAAGUUUCAGAUCAGGUAUGAGGACGAGGUCUCCAAGCGCACGGACAUGGAGUUCACCGCUGUGCAGCUGAAGAAGGACCUGAAUGCAGAGCGUCUUCGACAGACACAACUAGAGACCAAGUUAAAAGGCCUGAAGAGCUUUGCGGUAAUGAUGAAAAGCAUCUACGAGCAGGAGCUGAAGGACCUGGCAGCCCAAGUGAAGGAUGUGUCGGUGACCGUGGGCAUGGGCAGCCGCUGCCACACUGACCUGAGCGGCAUCGUGGAGAAGGUGAUGGCCCAGUACGGCGCCGUCGUGGCUCGCAGCCUGGAAGAGGCCAAGGCGUACUCCCGGAGCCAGCUGGAAGAGCGGGCUGCCUGCUCGGCCGAGUCUGGGAACAGCCUCCAGAGAAGCCGCAGCAAGAUCAAUGACCUCAGCGCGCGCAUCCAGAAGCUGCGAUCCCAGAUCCUCUCCAUCAAGAGCCACUGCCUGAAACUGAAGGAGAACAUCAAGGCAGCCGAGAACCAGGGUGAGCUGGCCUUCCAGGAUGCCAAGGCUAAGCUGGCCCAGCUGGAGGCCGCCCUGCAGCAGGCCAAGAAGGACAUGGCGCGGCAGCUGUGCGAUUACCAGGAGCUGAUGAAUACCAAGCUGGUCCUAGACAUCGAGAUUGCCACCUACGGCAAGCUGGUGGAGGGCGAGGAGAGCCGGAUGGACUUGCCCUCAGCCACUGUGAUCAGCUGUAUGCAGUCCAGAUCUAGAACUGCUGCCUCCAAGUAUGGCCUCUCGAGAUCCCCCUCCCGGAAAAAGAAAAACAGAGAACACCCCGUGAUCAAAAUCACCGAAACCUCAGAAGAGUUCCUCUCGCAGGAGUCAGAGGUCUCACAGUAAGGCCGCUGUCCAGACCCCAGGAGCCCCACGUCAUUCCCCUGUAGCAGGAGGAACAUAAGCUACACUCAAGAAAGCAGCUUGGAGCCUCUAGGCUGGGAAGGAAGACAAACCUGACCCUGAACUAAGAAGAGGAGGGUUGGAAACAGUGACUGCUUUUCUGUGGGUUGCCAGGGAUCCGACAGGACUGUCACCAGCUAUUCAAAGUCACUGGGCUCCAUAACAAUAUCUCACAGUCCUACCCUUCCAACCUCUGGCCAGAGGUUUUCCUGACUGGGUAAACUGGAAUCGGGGGUCAGUUUUGCCUGCACCUCUUCACUCCUCUGAGUCUCCUCCCCCGACAGAGGGCUCUGACCAAGGUCCCUUUGACCCUUUGCCCAACCCUUGCCCUAAGCUCACAUCUCAAGUCUUGCCUUGCCUCUGCCUCUGAACCGAGGCAGUGCCCUUGCUCCCCCAGCCCUGGCCAGCCACAGACCAGGGGCUGAUGGGACUGCCUGGGCACCCUCUGUAUCUGGAGUUCCUGGGGAGGCUGGGUGCUGAGGACCCCUGGCUUUCCUGCAUCACCUGGGCUCCCCGGAGACCUGACAGUAUUAGGAAGUGAGGGGAGGAGGCUCCCUGGGUGUUUGGGACCUGAGCCCGGAACUCUGAGAUCAGCGCAGACACCUGUGCCCCUUCGCUCCUCCUGUGGGUCCCUCCCAGCAGGUCACAGUCAGACGUGGACAGGCUGCCCAGCCAGCUCCCAAGCACCUUUUCUAGAAGCUAUUCUUGCCAUGACGAACUCCCUGGCAGGGAAGUGGGAAGCGGGGAGGCCGGAUGGCAAGCGGAGAUCAGGCAGGAGAACUGGACCCUCCUUUCUCCUCCCUGCCAUCCUGGGGUUCACCACCUUGCCUGGGAUCUGAGCUCUCUGCCUCCCACCCAGGUGUUUCCCAGCCUGAAACCUGGCUUGGGUGCACGAGGCCCUUAAGAACCCUAGCCCCACCCCUGCCAUGAAACCCCAGGCCCAUUUCCCAUGAAUCCCACUCCUGGGCAUCUCUGUUCUCUCCAUGGGGCCAAGCAGCCUGGCCCUCCCCUCCUCUGCACCCACACCUGUGGGUUAGAGCUCCUUGCCUUCUUCCCCCUCCGCCCCUCCACUCUCCAUGCCCUCCCCCCCUGCCGCCGGGGUGGGAGGGUAGGUGGGUCAUGAAGAAGGCACUGUCCACUCGGGUCUGGGAGCUGCUGAGCCCUUGAGGUCAGGCGGGAGGGCCCCAAUAACAACCAAAGAGAAAUUCUGCAGCGAUGCAACAAGAAGAUUUGGGGCUGGGAGGAAUGCUCCUCUUUCCUCCUCUUGGCUCUCACCUUCGGGGCCUUGCAGGGGGAUCCUGGCAGCUCCAGCCUGCCACCCCAUAAGCCACCUUCUCUCCUUCCCUACCUGCCCCUUGCCUCACCUCCUCUUCUAGCCCCAGUUUUGAUUCAUUCAUCUUGUUUUCCAGGAGAGGGUGGCCCAAGGCUCUGGCCCCCUCCUAGGCCUCAGGGUCCUCUGGGCCUGUGGGAGGCACUGAAGCACUGCUGACUCUCAGGCUUGGGGGAACUCAGACAUAUGCUCAUCCCUCAAGUCCCAAAAGGGUGCCGAUUGCUGCUUUUUCUCCGCCUAUUUAUUGGUUUCCAAGGGAGCAAAUCCUCAGUGGGGAUACAAGAUAUAAAAAGUAUAUAUAUUAUUUUCUCAUAACUUAUGUGUCUUUUAACUUAUUGCUUCCCUUCCUGUUUCUGCAUAAUCAGUGCUAUGUAUUAUACUAUCUGGAGAGACAACACAUACUCCAGCCGCCCCACCCGACUGGCUGACUAUCUUGGGGCAA